CUGCUCUGAGUCCUCGGGCCCGCAGUUGUCUCUGUCUGGUUGUGUGCUCUCCGGCUUCUUUACGGAGGGAAAAAAACUACCAAAACCCUCACAUAAAAUGAUGAAUCGCCGCAAUUCAUGAGUGAUGUUUGAGGAGAAACCUGGCGCUUGGCUGCCCGCUCGAGCUGCCUCGGCACCCGCUCCUCGCCUGGUCUCGGGUCAGGUUCUGGGCUGGCACCACCCGGUCAGGGAUUGAAAAUCUUCGGGAUUUUAUGGCUUUUUGUUUGAAUUGUCUAGGAAGGAAAAGAAAAUAAGGCUUUGUAGUAUGAUCCAUGCACUGCUUGUCAUUGCUUUAGGCUUCUUUCAGCGUGAGUCCUGGCUGACGGGGCUGUAUGUUAGUUGCAGGGGAGUUGGACCAGAUGACCUUUAAAGGGUCUUUCCAACUCAUACAAUUCCAUGAUUAUACGGUUCUUGAGGAUGUGAAGGGUGGCACACAGUCAGCUGAAGUCCUCUACAUGGCUGUCUGCAGUCCGCAGGCGUCAGCCUUCCAGUGCAUUCCCUUACAGCUGCAAUAAGUGAUGAAGUUGCUGUAAAAUCUUUGCUUGAUCUCAAUCUCUUCAUUGAAUAAUCUGCCUGUAGCCCAGGUUCAGGCUAAUUUUAAAUUUCUCAGUGGGCAAUGAGCCUACUCCUUUCUUUCCUGCGUUUACACCUAGCUGUCAAUCUGCAGGAGUGAAUUCAGGCCUUUCCUACUAGCUCUCGUACCUUUCCCUCUAAUUCUGGCAAAUCAAAUGUGGUUCAACAAAACUUCAGAGCAAGGAAUUCCAAAAGGAGAGUUGUCUUAGUGCUAUGUCUGUGACCAUGUGGUCAGGAUGCCCUCAGUCCUGUAUUAUCUCUCUGAUGUUGACCAUGGGGAAUUACCACUCUCUCUCUGUCCUUUUGUGAGCUAGUGAAACAAGAUACUGGAAUGCAUUUGAGAAUCUAUGUUAAAGGUACUAUGCACGAAGAGAUAAUUUGAGUAGAAUAUUAAUACUUUGCAGGUAUUGCUGCACCAGCAAAUAAGCUCUUUGCAAAGAUGUUCCCAUGAUAGGAGGUGUUAAUGUUGUCAUCAACAUCUGUGGCUGAAGGCUGAAUCUCUGUCCUGCCAUGUGAGUCUCUGCAGUUUACAUAAGCUCUCUGUGAUCUUUCCCAGAUGUUCUUUUUGCCUAUCAGAAGCCUCAUUGCUGGGAGCGAAGUCAAACCACCAUGAAUCAGAACGGGGUUUUAUAGAAUGGUGUCACUGGUUCUUCUCAUGAAAUUUAGUGAGAGUGUAACAGAAAGACAAAUCGCAAGAACUUUUUGUUGCAAUUUCUCUUCUCAUGAGCUCCUUAGAAAUUGGUGAGCCUUUUUCAUUUAACAGAAUGCAAACGUGAGUCCAUUGUGUGGGAAUGGGAUCAGAAAGAGUGAGCAAUCACAUAAAGCAGAGGAAUGUUUGAAGGAGGAUAUGUUGGGUGACAGCAGCUAAUGCUCUGGAAGUCAGUGGAAAUAUUCCCAGUGUAUCUCCAGGUUUGUUGCAGCCCCAGUUGCAACCUUCAGCAAAGUGUUGGAAGCAUAGAAUGACAUUCUUCAAAUCUUUUCCCUGCAGGUGCUGUUGAGUAACACUCUUUGCUUGUUUAUGGGAAGAACUAAGAGUAGGCCAUGGAGAUUUCAUAGGAAGAUAGCUACCUCAAUGUGAAUUGGUAAAUACUGCAUGAAAUAUUAUCUGAAAUGGGAUUAGGAAAAGGUAAUGGAAAGCUGAGUUUCUAUCUACAAAGAGUGGUUUUUAUCUUUCCCCCAGCUGAUAGUAAAACAUGAACCCUAUAGUCCAGCUACUAAUAUCUUUACUCACUUUUCCAUUUUCCCGCAGUCUUAAGUGUCAACUACAAUAUCUUUUCCUGUUUGUUCCUUUGAAGCCUGCCUUAGCUUAUUCUGGCCUGUGUUUGUAAUGGGCAAAUCCAGCAUCUGUUUGAGCAGGACAGGUGAAUUAAUGAAGAAUGUGUGCGUGCCCUAUUUCAAAGAAGAGAAAUGGGCACCUGGGGCAGCUUAUGCCUGUCAGCUGGAGGGUACAAAGGAAUGCUGCCAACUGAAAAAAAAAUGUGGAAAUGCCACCAGAUCGAAUAAAACAACUGAAAGAAAAAUUCUUGUAAGGUUGAAAAUGUAGAUUUUUAGAAUUGAAUGUUUGGUACUUCUGAGUGGUCAUUUUUAUCAGUUCUCCCAUGCACUUACCUAGUUUCUCAUAUUGAAAAACUUUCUUGUAAAUAGUACAAUAUAUCGUGUGGGAUAAAGGAAGCCUUACAUGAGAAAAGAUGACAGUAUUUUUAACUUUAAGACAUUUAAAAGCUAGAAUAAGAUAAUGUAAGUGGCUGUUUAGCAGAUGUAAGUAACGUUUGCAAACAACAUAUGUUCUGUUUAGCUGUAGUUCUGCUAAUGGGAAGUAGAAAAUUGGAAAGCACUGAAGGUAAAGAUAAAUUAAAAAGUUCAAAAGAAAAAAAUAUGAAUUGGGACUUUCCAUGGGUGAAGUUCGGAGAGAAAACUUAGUCACAGUGCUGCCAGUAGAAAUAUUUGUUGCUUUCUAUGGAAUAAUUUCUAUUAUACCUGUAUGUAUUUAUGGACUGUUAAAACACGAUAAUCUGUAUGAAUAAUACCCAGUUAUCUUCUAUGGAGUGAGGUGAUUUUUAUGGUAGGUCAUAAAAGGAGCCUGUGGGGAGGCAGGAGUGCUCUGCCACUGCAGUUGUGUUCCUGUGAGCCCAGUGAGUCUCUGCAGGGUGCUCGUUAGGAGAUGCUUUUUUCUUAGAGCUUCAGAUUUAUUCUUUCAGGCUGUAAAUGAUUCACCAAGAUGUUUGCAAAAGCAACAAGGAAUUUUGUGAGAGAAACGGACAGCGGAGGUGACUUGAUCCCUGUCUCCCACUUGAACGCCUCAGACAAGCUGCAGCUUCUGAGCUUAGUUACAAAGAGGAAGAAAUUCUGGUGCUGGCAGAAGCCCAAGUAUCAUUUCUUGGCAGUCUCGUUGAGUGAUGUGCUUACUGAAGACAAACCUAUAAAACCAGUAAUUGUGGAAUCUGACUUUGCAAAAUAUAUGGGAAAAUUUGAAGAUGUUGUCCAAGGAAGUAUUGAAACUUCAUUUGGGAAGAUCAGCCUGGGAGCUGGAGCAAAGGGCUGUGUGGAAAGCCAGUCCUCCUUUGGAAACCUGAGGAAACAGGAGGUUGACUUGCAGCAGCUUAUGAAAGACGUCAAGGACAGAAUGAUAAAUUUAAAUAGUAGUUUACUGCAACAAGUAAUAGAACGAAAACGUGAAGUACUGUGCAUCUUGAGGGAAAAGAUAAUAACAACACAAAGGUGUACUAUAUCUGAACAUAUCCAGACAGAAGAAAAAGUCAGCGGUCUGCUGGGAUGCAGUAUGAAGAUAGUACAGGUUUCGGUGAGUGACAGUGGAAGUAUGAUGAAGGAUUCCAGCGUGAUUCUCGAGAUUCCUCCUGCAACCACUAUUGCCUAUGGUGUAAUUGAACUAUUUAUAAAGUGUGAUGGGCAGUUUGAAUUCUGUCUGCUAGAUGAACAGCAAGGAGGUUUUGAAAGAGAAAGCUCAGAAGGUUCGACGUCACCCCACUCAGUGCUGUUCAGAGAUACUUCUUUCCUGUAUCACCCAGAUGCUGUUGAUAAUGGGAUGUACUUUGGGUCUGAAAACCCCAUUCCCAGCCACGCUUCUUUAAGUGUGUUGAAAGAAGGUCUGUCACAGUUCAAGGCUCAGUUCCAACCCUUUGUGAAGCUGCCAGAAGACAAGCAAAGAGCUUUAUAUAAAAGUCUAUGUGAACUCCUGCUGCAUGAAGAAACAUUAACUGCUCUGGAAGAUGUGUUAGAUGCUCUCUGCGCAGGAGACAAGCCAGACCUGAAGGAGUUAAAACCUGCACAGCAGCAGGACCUGGCUGACUUCCUCCAGCUGGUGGGGUGCAGUGUACAGGAUGAGCUACUGCUGCAGAACUAUCAGCUUCAAGAUGAAGAACUGCUCUCAGCUGUUCACCUCCUCAUCAGUGCUAUCUCUGAGCUGUCUGAUUACACUCUUGUCCUGCUGCGUGCCUGCUCUGAUCUACAGGUUGUUCCGGCAUUGUGUUGCUUGCCUUACAUCGCUUCAGCUGAUGGCACCUUGGCACUGAGCAGUCCUUUGGUGGCAACUCUCACUGACAGAGGAAGAUUUGAUGUCGUGCAAAGGCUUUUUGCUUCAGCGAACAUUAAUUUGGAAAAGACAGAGUCUUCUGUAAAAGCUGUAACUAUGAGAGAACCCAGAUUCUUCCCACUUGUUCUUUAUGUUGCACUAUGCGGGCUUCACAGUUUGAGUGGGACUGUAGAGGAGCUUUUCUGAGCAGUUACUGUCCUACCCUGUUCUUCCUUGUGUAGCUCUGCAGCGUAGCAUUGAUGCUUGUGAGCACCUGAGAGCCCUGGGGUUGAGUUCUCAGGGCAGUAAAGCCAGGUGGCACAGGGCAGCGCAGGCAAGGAGUGAGCACACUGCUGCUCUGCAGCUCCACUAAGGUUUGUCUGCAGUGGAAACUACAUAAAUAAGUAAAUAAGGGAUGCAGGGCAAGAAGGAAAAAAGGCAAGCCUGGAAGAGAAAUUGAAUAUAGCUAUUCUGAUAGUUGUCAGAACUGCAGAGCAGUGGAAGCCUGAUUGCUCGCAUUAAUAUGCGUGGGAGAAAACUGCAAAGAACAAACUGCUUUUUGUAAGCAAGCGAGCAAAAAGGCUGUGGAAAUCUAGCAUUCUGCAGUGCAAUACAUGCUUUGCUCACUUAAGACCUGACGUGCAGAAUACCUUCACACUGGAGGAUGUGAAGUGGAAGGCACUUCAUUAGGUUUUUCUUCAUUAAGUGUAUUUUGGCUUUAUGGAUGUGAGCUGCACAUUGCAGGAAAUAAUGAACUCUUUUUUUUUUUCCUAAAACUGAGACCACCUUAGGGAUUUCUACCUCUCUUUUUCCAGUAAGUUUUUACUAAGCUUAGCAAGUGUCAGCUGCUUACAUUGUAUUUUGAACUUUCUCUUUGAGAUAUGGUGAUGCCUUCUGGUAUGUGCAUACCAAAAGUCCUUGCUGCACUCCACAAAACAAUCAUUUUACCCAUGUGACGUUUUCAGUGUUUUGUGUCUUUCACUAACAGCUGAGUUAAUGUAAAGCACUUUGUGCUUUGAACUGUUCUGCCUUUUUUUGAUCAUAAUUUUCUGUGAUCAUGGAAAUGGGACAGAAGUGCAGGAGAGAUCACUGUAAAUGCAGGAAGCUGUUCCAAUGAAGUGGGCUCUCAGUGCUUUUAGCCGGCACUGAGGGAUGGUUGACAGGUGACAGUUGGGCACCUGGAAGGAAAGGUGCUCAGACUGAGAUGGUGGUGUUUCAGUGUCUCAUUUGUAAUGUGAGCGUAAAGUGAAGCUGCUGGUUUUGGCCUAACGCUGCACUGGAGCGUAUGGAAAUGUCCUGAGAGCACCUUACCUUGCUUGUGUGAGUUGUGUGUCUGUACAUGGGAAGGUUUGCUUUUGCCAACUACUCGUAAGCAAGUUGCCUCUGUAACCGUUUUAUUAAAAUUUUGAAUUUAAUGUCAUGUAUGUCAAAACAGUGGAAUAAUUUUAAAAAUCAAUUUGCGUGAUUUCCAUUCA